AUGUUCGUAUUUCGACGAGAGGACCUCCCGUCGGAUCCUUCGUUUCCUUCAGAUUUAAAUAAACUCGGAUACUUUAUUAAUAAUGAAGAUCGAAUCCGGAAGAUUUCGAACCCUGAGCAGGAUUUCCAGUUCAAGAUCAAUCGAAACCCUCGCUGGAACGAGGCCCAAAGAGAGGCAAUGAACGAAUGCAUCCGUCAGAUCGUCUGGUCCCGCUUGGAUGGUUUAGGACUGAAACAGCUUCGGUUGCCACUCGGCACUCCAGUCGAUAAACCACAUGUCCCCAUCCUGGUAUCCCCUGACCUCGAGACAGCGUCACGGGUGGUGGUUGUGUUCGGCGAGCCGAUCCAAGACUUGGGGGUUUGGGCGUAUCGAAGCGUUGGAACAAACGGUAUCAACGCCGGCUCAGCGGUUAACUUCGCACGAGAAGUACUUGGACAUGUCGGUUCCAAUACUGCGCUCAUUCUGGCCAACACUGGACAGUUGAUUUGGCACUGUGGUUCACGUCGGGCUGUCACCAAUGCAAGCUGGCUGGCGAUUCCCAGAGAGUCAGCAGUUGAUCCACCGUUGGUGAUGACGGGACGCAACAAAAUCCCUGGUCACCACAACUGGCAGGAGCAUGUCGAGUAUAUCUUCGCCCAGAUAUUGGCAGCUCGGGAUCAGUUCAUCAAGAAAGAUGCCAAGAUCGACGUCAUUGGAAUUGCAGAGGGAGGCCUGGCGGCAGUAAGAUUUCUGGCCACACACUGGAGCGCUUGGAGUCCAUACAUCUCGGCCAUCUGUCUCUGCAAUCCCCUCCACUACUCGCAUCUUGACCUGCCUGCUGGAGAGACUGGUUCCGAAGAAGAUGGUGGAUCCUCGUUUGCUGAAUUCCUGUCAGCACGCUGCCGAGCAUAUGUCCUCUCACCCAAGGUUCUUGACGAGCCGGUUCCAGGCUACAAUGAGCACGGAUGCAACUGCUACUCGUCUGGAGAGGAGUUGAAUAUCGAGUGUAUCAUGCCCAGUGCGUGGCAAAGCAUCUUGCAGUGGCUCGCAAAAAUCUCUGGAGACCCUUUCUAUAGUGAACCCAGGAUCAUCAAUGAGGAAGAUGGGGGGUUGGAUGUCGGACGCUUUGCCGACGAUGCGAGCGUAGCCGACAAUGAUUGA